GUGGCCUGAAACGCCUUGUUUGUCCUUCUACAGCCACCGUAGCCGCGGCCGGGUACCGAACCUGAAUGUAAUGUUGCUUAGUGAAGCGAGUAACGCGGUGCGGAAGGAGGUUUGUUUAAUGCUGCAGAGGCGGAUGAGAUGUCGUCGUAGAUGUAAACUACGUUCGGAGGCGACUUUUCCUAGACGAUUUUGUAAACUUUUUCAAUGAUGAUGAUUCAAAGUGAACAGUUUAACACAAGAAGGUCAGAGAAACAAGUGGACUGAAUUUACGCCAUUUUCCAACUUCAAAACUUAAAUUGCUUUCUGUUUGACACCAUGGGGAGUGGUGUGACUCCAGCUCUUUUAUGGCUUCAGGAAACUGCAAGCCUUUCUCUUAUACGGGUACGCCGCACCCUCCUACAGGCUGCCAUCUUGGUAUGUGUGCUGGUUCUACUUCUGUGGGUGUCAGUCUUUCUGUAUGGAAGCUUCUACUACUCUUACAUGCCCACUGUGAGCUACACUACACCUGUCCAUUAUGCCUACAGGACAGAUUGUGAAAUUUCUCGAUCAGACUUGUGUUCCUUUCCUUUUGCCAACAUCUCUUUGAUAAAGAAUGGAGGAGACAAGGUAAUGAUUUAUGGUCAGCCCUAUCGAAUCUCACUUGAGCUAGAAAUGCCAGAGUCCCCAGUGAACCAGGAUCUGGGUAUGUUCAUGGUGAAGAUAUCCUGCUACACUAAUGGAGGUCAGGUCAUCUCAUCAACUUCACGAUCGGCAAUGCUUCACUACAAGUCCAACCUUCUACAGACUCUGGAUACUCUGGUCUUCUCACCCUUUCUUCUCUCAGGAAUGUCUGAACAGAAGCAAAUUGUGGAGGUGGAACUAUUUUCAGAUUACAGGGAGAAUUCGUAUGUGUCAACUACUGGAGUGUUAUUAGAGAUCCAGACCCGACGUAUCCAGAUCUAUUCGGCUCAGCUGAGGAUUCAUGCCCAUUUCACUGGAGUGCGGUACCUGCUGUACAAUUUCCCAGUCACCUCUGCUGUUAUUGGUGUGGCCAGUAACUUUAUCUUCCUUACUGUCAUCGUCUUAUUCAGCUACCUUCAGUUCAUGUGGGGAGGAAUCUGGCCACUGGAGCAGCGUAGGGCACAGAUGAGUACUGCCGAGAGGUUGCAACAGCAGCAGAGAAGAGGAGAUGACAGACAUAGGACAGAGCCAUCAAGAAACCGCACUCGUGUCUGUGAAAUUGGCACAAGUGAGGCUGCCUCACAACUUGAUGAAGGGUGUCUUGAGCCAUCUAUCCAGGAUCAAGUUAAUGAAGCAGAAAAAACUGAUGCUGAAAAUGAAGAUGUACCUGAAACUAUUAGUUCCCUUAUAGAAUCACAUAACAUGAAUGAUCAUGAAAAUGACAGUUCAGCUAUAGAAUCUUCCUCUGAAGAACCCCCCUGUUAUGCUGGAUUCUAGCCUCUUGGAAGAAGAGAAUGAAGAGUCUCCAACAUAUACCACAGAUACAAUGCAAAUCCCAGCACCAGAGUCUUCUCUUUUAAGGCAUCGGCAUGGACCCUGCAUGAGCUCAUAAACUUGGUGCCAUAUGGAGCCAUAAAUAACACUAUUUUGUCUGGCCUGCACACUUUUUUCUUUUCCCCUUUAUGUAUUUUGCUACUUAACAGCAAUUUGUUGAGACUGUGUAGUGCCUAACUGCAACUGUAUCUGGAAAAGGAGAAUGUGGGGCCCAGUUGAAGCCACUGAGAGACAUUGUACUUCCACUGUUAAGUAUGUAGAGAUUGGUUCCUUGAGCUCUCCUUACUGGUUAGGUAACAUUAUCUUAGUGAAAUCUCAUUUUGGCAAAGUUAAAGGUAUUGCAUGAAAGAGUCUAUGCACUUAAGGGGAGAUAAGAAGUAGAAAUUGAAAUGGCCUGUAGAUGGCAGUGCUGCUGUUCUGUUGAUUUGUGUGAAGAAAAUGCUUUGCAUGUGUGCUGCCUUUAGUGAAGUGGUGGCUAGCUUAGAGCGAGAGCUUCGUUUUGUGCCUUUCUUUGCUGGACUGAGCACAACUGGACCUGAGCUGUAAAUAAGAAGUAUAUGGACAACUUAAGUAGAGUGUAACCACUGAAUGUAGUUUCCUUACUGAUCACGAAAUACUUGAAAACACCUGUAGGCUGAAAUUUGUCUUACAGAAAUCCAAGGACCACAGCAGAUUGUGCAAAGGAGCAUUUUGUGUAUUUACUUCUGACUAUUUGAGCAGUGUGGUCAGUCAGAAUUGUGGAAAAGUGCAUUUGAUUUCACACGGACUUAGUAAAGUUGAAUUGUGCCAUUUAGACCAAUAGAACCGUUUUUUAUUCAAAAUCUUUUUUUGCCGAAGACUUUUAUUUUUUUAUUUACAUAUCCAGUAUUAACUGAUCACAAUGAGGAUCUAGUUUAACACUCCACCAGUCUAAGAUUCUUUAUAUACUCACAGCUAUCACCAGUCAUUAAAGUGGAGCAGAAGAGCAGUGCCUUGAGCCCAGAUUUCAUUUUGCCUGUAAAUGGUGGAAAAAGCCAUUUUAAGUUACUUUUUUUUUUAAUAUAAUUGUUCAUAAUUCCUGUUUUAUAGUAUGAAAAAAUAAAUGCUCAUCAAAGUUUUGGAAACAGUUAUAACUCAUUAGGCUGCAAUCAUUCUUUUAAUGUUGUACAUGUAGAUAUUCUGUACCAGGGCCUCCAGCUCACAAAUAUCCCUUAUAGUUGCAUAUCCUAAAGGAGAAGACACUACUUGGUCUCUCCAGUAAAAAGUAUUUUGUUCUUGUCCUGUUAUUUCUUUUCAAGGAACAUCAUGUCAAUUUUAAGAGCUUAAAUAAUUCCAGUGUUGUGUAGUGCAAAGUAUGGGCACUGCCCAGAGGACUGGUGGCCUUUACAUGAAGCUGCCUUUGUAGAUUCCCAUAUAUAAACUUCACAGAAGAAUCAUUGCAGAUGCUAUUGUGGGAUUUGAUUGCUUACUAGUGACCAGGGCAAAGUUGUUACGUCGUUUCUUUUGUGUAUUGCUUAUGUUUUUCUCUUUAAGAAAGUUUAUAUGUGUAUGUGUUUGAAACUAAAUUUUGAAUUAAUUAUAUGUGCUAAAAAAGUAAGGUAUCCCUUUGUAAAGAUCACAGUUGAAAUUUAUAUGUUCAUUUUAACCUUGCCACUUUAACUCUGUUGUAGACAUUGCACCUGAUUUUAUUUUCUAGAGACAGUUUGUUUUGUCUUCUAAAUGUGACAGACGUCAGACUUAGUAAGUAGAUACAGGGAUGAUGCAUCAACUGUCGGUGUCCUUAUGGGUUUUUCCUAAACCACAACUAAGUGUAUGGCUACUGCUGAAAUAGUACCUAAUGGUGAACAGUCAAAUCUGCAGCUAUUUGUGGUGGCAAAUAGUAUGUAAAAUGAUGCAAACCAUGAACUGAAUGUCUAUAAAAACAACGCAAAAAGUGCACUACAAGUGAUCUUAAGCCUGUUUUGUAUUAAUAUAACUUACAUUUUAAACCCUAAAAAUUAAUGUAGUCUUCUGAAUAGUUACACAGGCCACAUCUAAUUCAGCACUAACAAUGGCUGCUGCAAUCACUGAUCUUGUAAUUUAAGAUGAAUGGUGUAGGUAAAUAAAAAUAAAAAAAAGGGAAA